CUGCCUUAACCCAUGCCUGACCAUAGCCGCGAUCAACGGAGUGGUUUGGUAUCUGAUCUACACUUUCAUAAAACCACACGAAUACAGGAAACGGUUGGAUGUGGCAGAAACUGAGCACCUGAUGGGCCUAUGGAACAGACUGUCCCAAUCCAUCCCCGACGUGAGCCUCCACUGGCACCACAUCAGGCUGAAGAUCAGAAGGAAGAGGUUCCAGCUAAACGAGAGACUGGAAGCCCUGAAAGAACAGGACAUUCCAGAGUACAAGGAGACGCGAACACAUGCCUACUACAAGGAGCUGCGCUUGGAUGCCCCUUGAGACUGGGCUUCAUCGCUCUGUUCUGUAUACUCCUGCUGCUCCUCCUGCUCCACUCCAGAGACUACGAGCUGCUGAUGAAGAGGGUCGAUUGGCAGACCAUCGUGAUCUUCCUGUCGCUCGGAGUCAUCACCUCGGUGUUCACCAUACUGACUGCGCACAUGGAUGACUACCUCUGGAAGUUGUACGGGACCACGAUGACGGGGUCCCGCAGGAGGAAGGUCCAUAAAGUGUUCGCGCAAAUGUUAUCUUACUGCACAGUGUCCGGGAUAGCCAAUGAGUAUACCAUGUCUAAGUUCUUCCUGGACACGGUGCUGACGUUCUCCAUCUUCAGAGGUCUGGACGCGGUCGGGGAGCUCCUGGGAGGGUUCAUAAUGGCUACCGGCUUUUGGGGUACAGCCACGAUUCUGGGCACAGGAGCUAACCUCUUGAUUGCAGGACUGGCUGUCACCAACGGGUAUCAGAUUAGGUUCAUUAAGCACAUUUGGUACGGCGUACCCUUUGCCUUUAUGUCCAUCAUACUUCUUUACAUCUACAUCUCCUACAAAUAUUUGAUCUAA